AUGCUCCGAACAAAUGAACCCUUGUUUUCAACUGAUGAUGUUAUAUCAAAGGCAUGUUGUGGCUUUGCAGAAUCAGCUACCCAAAAUCGUGAAGACUUCUUGCAAAUGUUGAUCCUUAGGAAAGAAAUUCCAGCAUGGUUUGAGCAUCAGGAAGAAGAUGACGGAGUAUCAGUGUCAUUCCCCCAGAAUUGUCCUUCAAUUGAAACCAUCGCACUUGCUCUCUGUUUCCUAAUUGAAAUUGAAGAAUAUAUUGACGCAGUACCGCCAUUGGUGAUCUACAACGGUUAUCAUCAUGAUGAUCUUGAUAUAGGACGUAGAUAUGGAGCACGUUGGGUGACUAAGUGUAUGUUUGGAUUACCGUUUAAACAUGGAAAGGAAGAACGGGAAAAUCAAAAAUGGAGACUGGGCCAGAAGGAGAGAAGGAGAGGGGGAAAGGAUCGGCGCCGCCGGCUGGGUACUGCCGCCGCGACUGCCGGACUGCCGCACGCGAGGAGUGCCGCCGUCGAAGCCGCCCCGUUCAUCCCUGCCCAGUCGCGGUUCGACCACCAUCAUCCCGUUUCGUCGCCUGAAGAGUGUCACGAAGGCGAGAGAAAGCUCGUGCGCGCAGGGGAGAGGAAGGAGGCGCUGGUUGGCCGCCGCACCUUGCCGUCGAUCGCCAUUGAACCGCGCCGGACCCAGAACUGCGAACGUGAGGGGUGCGAUACAGGAGCCGACACGAGGAAGAGGGAGUGCGCGUGCGCGCGCAGGAGAAGGGUGAAGCUGCUAUCACCACCGUUGGUGAGCUGCGCCGCCGUUGACCUUGCCGCAGAGACAGUCGCCGUCCUUUAUGGCAGAGCAGACGAGAGAGAUCUGAAGGUGUGCUGGGAGUCCAGCCACCGCGCCCAGCCGCUGUUUGCGUCGCCGGCGCCGCCUCGGUCGGAACUGCCGCCAUCAGAAAAGGGUUCUGGCCGCCAGGGGUGGUUCUCGACUCCCGGGACCACCGCCGGAGUCUCUGGCUACUUCUUCCGUCGCCUAAAAAAACUCUACCGUUACCAACGUCGGAGUCCGGUCGCCGCUGUCACUUGAGGUGGCUGACGUGCUGCUGCCGAACCGGUUCAAGAGACCGCCGCUGUUCGGUUCAGCCGUUUCUUCUUCGUGUUGCUAUGGUUAUUGCAAAAGUGGCUGGGAGCUGAGGUUUUGGUUGUCGGUGAUUUCGAGUUGAGACGAAAAGGACUCGGUGAAGCGUUUGGGAUAUGAAAUUUGCGUUUUGAGGAUUUGGGCGCAGAAGUUAUGAAGAGUUUAAUUAUGUGUUAUUGAGAUGCUCUGUAUUGCUUUAGAUUAUUAUUUUUGUACCCUCGCCUUUAUCUUGAUAUAUUCUAUAAGAGGGAUAGGAAUUGUAUUGGUUAAUGUUUGUAAUAUUACUUAUAUAUAUGUAUGUAUAUAUAUAUGGAUGUAUCUUUUAAGAGUUUUUGUAAGUUGUAUGGUAUCUAUGGAUGUACUUUGUCGAACGAAAGUAUUUUAGGAGUGGUAUUGCGUUUUUAAAGUUUUAACAGGCUCAUAUUUUAGUAUUAACUAGUAUAGGUGUCGUCGUAAUGUCCGAGCUAUCAGAGUUGCGCAGCCGGAAGCGUGAGCUUUGGUAGUUAGGGUGUUACAUUUAUGGAUGAAAGAUUCAUGGAAUAUCAGGACCCUCGUUACGCAUAAAUAGUUUAUUCACAUGGCUAUACAGUGAAAGCCAAAGUUCUUAGAAUUUUAUAGUGAUUUACGACAGUUUUCAAGUGGAAAAUAGAAAUUUGUUAUGGAGAAACAUUGAAGAAAUUUAUCUUAGCAUCAAUGGCUUUUGGUGCUUGGG